AUGGAGCGGAUAGCGGAGUACGAGCGCGGCCAGCGGUCGGAUGGAGACAAGCCGAUUCGCAACUUCCUGGACGACCCGAGACGCUCCGGUCCCGUGCCGGACUCCGACCGUAAAGAAGGCAGCCGGAGACACGUGCGAAACUGGGGGGGGCUGGACUUUGACAACGUGAAGACGGGAGGAGAGAUGGAGAGAGAGUGGACUAGCCGGAGGCCGGGUCCGAAAGGUUCCAUGGACAUGACCAUGUCCAUGACGGGCCGGGAGCGAGCGGAGUACCUGCGCUGGAAGAAGGAGCGCGAACAGAUUGACGAGGAGAGGCUAGCACGCCAUCGUAACGCCACGGGACAGUGGAGGCGAGAGUGGGACGCGCAGAAGACGGACGGCAU